AUGGGUUUACUACGGUCGUUAGGGCGAUACACUGCGAAUCCAGACAGGCCUUUGAUCUCAUAUGUAUUUCCGGUCGAGUUUCAGAUUCCAGUCGAAGGCAGUGGAAACGAUAAAAAGGGCCCGGACGUGCCUCGUAUAAGCUCUGAUGAUACGUGGGCAUGGUUAGAUGGAGGAGUUGUGCCUGUGCCUUCAGAAAAGGAAACCACAACGAGUAACGCGCAGCGUCUAGUAAAACUCUAUAACAAAUACGGAGCAAGUUUCGUCUGUUCUCACACCGAAACGAAGGACGCUGUCCACUUUGUACUGACCAAUAAGGAGCUGGAGGCUCUUUUUGACACGGUGCAACAACUGCUCAAGAAAGAAGUGCUCAUGCAGCUCGAUAAUCAUGCUACGGAUGUGUAUACGGGUUCGUUUAUCAAGCGAUUUCCCUACAAGACAGUCAGUGAGGCACUAACGUUGGCGUGUCUGUCAUUGCUACGUGAAGUACUGCGACCAUUCUCAGUGUUGAACAAAGACUGCUCUGUCAAGGAGAACUUUGCCAAAGAGCUUAAUGCAUUCGUCGUUCAUCUAUUGGGUAUGUUAGAAAAUCAACGACAGUUACUCGGAGAACGUCGGACGACGCCAUUGGGUGUAAGCCGACGUCCAACGGAUUUGGAGCUACCUCGCCAUAGUCUAUCAACUCUGGCUGCCACGUGUGGACUGGAGUUGAUCGUCUGGGCUGCCGUCGAUGAUAUCGAUUCUGAUGCGGUUUGUUCAACGAUGUCGGCCCGUCUGUUCGCUAUUAACGCGAAUCGUGUGCAACUAUCACAGUUACCGCUAGCGCUUCGUGCGCUAUCAUCACUUGGAGGGCUUGCGGAGAAAUUCCCGUCUGUCGCGACAGCAACAGUGGUUCCGAUUUUAUCACGAUUUCUGCUCGAACCUGCACCUAUUCUAGCUAAAUUAUCAUCGGAAACUUCGACUGAAAGAAAAAAUGAAGAGAGGCGUCAAGAAGAAAGUUCAGCCAAAAGAAAGGCUGCCCUGGAUGCUUUGCGCAAUACAGCUAUAGAUGCCCUGUGCAGGGCUCUAAAAUCUUCCUUGAGUGUGGAUGCGGACAGUGUACAAGCGUGUCUCGCUAGCCUCUCCUCCAAGCUUUUCGUUUGUUCCAGUGCCAAUAAUUUGUAA